CACAACAUAGUUUCAACAUACACUAUUCCAAAUCAUCAUAUACCACCAUGCGUUCCGUUCUCUCUGUUCUCUUGGCCUCAGCCCUCGUCGGCGCCAUGGUCACCGCAGAUGUCCGCCACGGCCAGCAGGCAGCCUUCCGCUUGGAGCCCCGUCAUGUCCAGCACCACCGCAAGGCCGAACACUCUUACCACCGUAAGAACUCCGCUAAGAAGCAGCGUCGUGACCUGUCAGGUUUCCCAGUCGCCCCCAUCGCGGCUCAGGUGCCUGUUGCUUUCACUAUGACUGCCAUCCCUAAAGUUGCCCAAGCACCUGCCUCUGAGCCUGCUCCAAUGAAGGUUGUUGCACCUGUAGCUGAGGUCGUGACCAAGCAGGACGUUACUAUGGAGGCGACUACGCAGGGCGAGAACCUGAGGUUCCAUCGCAAGUCUUCGCACCCUCACAAGUCAAAGUGGGGGAAGAAGCAUCAUUAUGGAAAGCAUCACAAGCACCACAAGCACCACAAGCAUCACGAGCAUCAUAAGCAUCACGAGCAUCACAAGUAUCACAAGCAUCACAAGCGUGCACUUGAGUUGCACCGCAAGAAGGCGAAUAGCAAGAAGUCAUCUCCCUCUAGCCAUAAGUACGGGCACAACAAGCGUGAUAUUGAGACCAUUGAUUUCCACCGCAAGUGCCAUUCCCAACGCAAGAACUGAGGAAUAGACGGACGGGAUUGUGUAAAGAGUCUUUCUUUUUUGUAUACCAUAGACCUUAAUACUAUUAACACAACACAACACAACACAACACAAGAAGCCUCGAGUGCCAAACUCUUUGUAGAUAAUAAAAAGACGCCGUACCCAG